GCGGACGAUGAUCGAAUCCCGUCUUUCUGUGCAGUACGAGACGUAUUACCCAGGGGCGGCCGCAGCUGGAACUUCUCCGUAUUUGUAUCCUAGCAGUAACUCGCAGAACAACGCAAGCGCCGGUAACAACAGUUCCGGUAGCGGGAAUAACGGGACGGCGGGAGCAACCAGUCCACCGACGGGCCCUCCGCCAGCGCCACUCCCUUCUCUGGCUCCGCCGACAGCUACGCACUUUUACGCUCCUGCUGCACCGCCACCCCAUCAUCAUCACCCACCGGUGCCUGCGGGUCCACCUCAGUCGCAGGUCGACCAUCUUUACUAUUCGUUUGCAACCGGAGCUCACCCGCCGCCGCCCCCGCACGCGGCUAUGGGGUUGACCGAACAGCAGCUGUUGCUGUACCCUACGGAGAGCGCGUGUCAGCAAACGUCUUCGUCCGACGGUCAGGGUGCGCCGCAAGAGGAUUCUCGUUCGACGUCGAGCCACUCGGAGCAACCGCACAGCGAGACACAGGCUGGUACGGGUUCAUCUGCACCUAUGGUGUCCUUGAUGCCCGUGAAAUUUCCCGUGUCUGGUCGUUACACGAAUUAUCACCCGAUCGCGAUACACAGCGCGAACUUGUACAAUUCGCAGUCGUGCUUGAACGAGACCGACGAUUGCGCUGGCAAUAGGAUGCACUGUAGGGCGAUCGUGUAUCAUCCGGCGACCGUUUACAUUCCUCACACGCAUACGACAGCUCCGUUCCACCACAACGCUUCCGGCGGUGCUAGCCUGCUGCCGACUCCGGCUGCCUCGGUGUCUCAGCAAAUAUUCGAUUCGUCGAACAAACCAAGUUACAAUUCGAGGGAGUACUCGAAGUCGGGGCCCGCGAACGGACAGCAUAGCAACAGUUACUCGAAAAGUAGCCACGGGAUCGCGUUGUCGUCGCAUCAGGCGUCGUUCGCGAAGGCUCCGCACCUAGGUAGCUCGCAGUCGUACAAGCACGCUAACGUGGACGGAAGCUACAACAAGUACUCUUCCUCGAGCGGCAUGACUUCGCGGUUCUCCGUGCAAUACAAUCAUCGAAGAACGCCGGCUGGCGGUGGCUCGACCACGAUACAACCCUCUCCGGCUUGCUACAUGGCUCCGAGGUCCGACAACUACAGUCCGCAGAGGUCUGGGAACCUCGGCUUCGCGGCGAAUCCUCCGCCGCCGCCUCCUCAGACCUACAACACCGGCUACUUGAACUCCUCCCAGUCGAAGGUGUUCGCCGCGUCCGCUUCCGGGCAAGGUUUCGCGAACGACUACGGGAACGCUCGUAGAAAUCACUCGAACGAACAGUAUUUCGACAACGCGAUCAAGCCGAGCAACUAUUCGACCCGUAAGAACACGACUAACGCCUACCGGACUAACGCCAACGCCAAUACCGCCGUCACCGCCGCCGCCGCCGCCAACAACAACAACAACAACAACAACAACAAUAGCAACAACAACAACAACAAUAACAACAACGGACAGACGGCGGAGGGGAACGGUUCUUCCGGCAAUCGGUCCGCCGAAAAUUACAACGCGGUCGAGGAUGAAACCAGCAGCAACGGUUCCCAGGGUGCUGCGCACGCCGUGCAAAAUGUCGCGGAAAACAAUAGUAAUUCGGAGAAACCGGUCAGCCCACCGCCAGCCCCGUACUCGCCCAUGACACGACCGCUUCCAACUUUGUCACCACCCACCUCCCAGGUCCAGUUUUAUGCUCCGACGCAGAACCGUUAUCAGCCAUCCUUAGCCCCGUCCCAACAUCACCACCAUCAGCACCACCAGCAGCAGCAUCACCAGCAACAGCAAUCUAGCCAACAACAACAGCAGCAACAGCAGCAGCAGCAGCAGCAGCAGCAGCAACAACAGCAGCAGCAACAGCAGCAGCGUCGGUAUACCGUCGCUCCUACUCUGUCGGCUGGCCGCAAGUCCGCCGAGAAGUAUUCGAGUUCCGCUUCGACUCAAAGCAGCGCGAUCCUCAGGCAGAACAAGUACAAAGUGAACGGGAUCAUGCAGACGGGCAACAAAGUGUCCGAGGAUAGUUUGGGCGGUGCCGGAGACGCUCCUCCGGGCGUUGGAAGAAUGCCCAUCACACCACCGGGUACACCCAGAGGUCAUCCGACUCAUUCGACUCAUCCUACCGCCACCGUUGUCGAUCAGAAUCAGUUGAGCGACGCGUGCCAUCAGAUGCAAGCUCUGAGCCUCUGAACGGUUCCUUCGAACGCGUUCUUACCGACGUUCGCUUUUUUUUUCUUUCCUUUCCUUUCCUUUUCUUUUCUUUUCUUUUCCUUUCUUUUCUUUUCUUUUCUUUUCUUUUCUUUUCUUUUCUUUUCUUUCCUUUUCUUUCCUUUUCUUUCCUUUUCUUUCCUUUCCGUUCCCUCUCUUCUGUUCUCUUUUCCUAUCCCCUCUAUUUCUUCCCGUUUGUUUCUUUUUCCAUCGUUCUUCUUUUCAUCGAAAUUACGUUUAUGACGGUGAAUUCGCACACGAUUCGUGUGUCCCUCGAUUAUCGGAUUGUCGCAUGAAAACGAGUAAACGUCAACGCUGCAUAAGUAUCCGUGUAAAGAGAAAAUAGGAUUCUUCUCUUGUGAUCUCACUCUUAAAUGCAAAAACAAAAGAAAAAAAAGAGAGAAAGAAAUGGCAAGUAUACUAGACGGUCGAACUUGUAAAUUAUUAAUUCUUCGAUAAAUUAUCACACGUACUAAAUUGUUAAGCAUUUAUAAAAAAAUAUAUCUAUAUAUAAAUACACACACAUGUGUAUGUAUACAUAUAUACGUACAUACGUACAUAUAUAUACGUACAUAUAUAUACGUAUAUAUACAUGUAUGUAUACAUAUUUAUAUUUAAGGAUUACUAUGUUAGUUACGAGAAAUGAUAUAUAGGAAAGAUAAAAAUUAGUAAAGGAACGAAUAAGAAGUAGAGGAGAUUCAAGUUGGUUACGUUAUCUCUUGCAAGAGUUGAAUAUUUACGAAAUGAAAAACUAUGGACACGUAUACAUGUGCACAUACA